AAUCAACAUACAGAACGAAAAAGCUUGGUAGAGUUAAGAUGGCGGCAUGUGGGUGAGGAGGCUGUAGUUGUAAGCUCGGGAUUUUUUGUCAUAAAAUAUUUAUAUGAAUCCUUACAUAUACAGAUAUCGAGAAAAUAACAUUUCCCACACACUUGACACAUUUGUGUGUUAAUUUGGAUUGGAUCCAUGACAUCCAUACACUUCGUGGUUCACCCGUUGCCCGGGACUGAGGACCAGCUCAAUGACAGACUUCGUGAAGUGUCGGAGAAACUCAACAAAUACAACUUUAACAGUCAUCCACACCUCAACCUGCUGGAGCAGGCCACCUUAAAACAGUGUGUAGUUGGACCAAACCAUGCUGGCUUUCUGCUUGAGGAUGGACGUGUGUGUCGGAUCAGCUUUGCUGUCCAGCCUGAUCGUCUAGAGCUGACCAAACCAGAUGGCAACGAUGGUUCAAAGUUGAGUGGCAGUGGUUCAGGGACAGGAAGGAGCUCCAGGCCAGGCAGGACUAGUGAUCCUCCCUGGUUCCUGUCUGGCUCUGACACACUGGGCAGACUGGCAGGCAACACCCUUGGGAGUCGCUGGAGCUCCGGGGUGAAUGGUGGAUCAGGUGGAGGAGGAGGAGGAGGAGGAGGUGGUGGUGGUGGCGGCGGCAGCAGCAGUAGUGUAGGAGGUGCAGGGGGUGGAGGUGUAGGAGGAGCUGUCAGUGGAGGAGGUGGUGGAGGCUCCUCUGGGAGGUCGUCUACAGCUGCCAGGGACUCGAGACGUCAGACCAGGGUGAUCCGCACAGGGAGGGACCGGGGCUCUGGUCUCCUAGGCAGCCAGCCCCAGCCUGUCAUCCCUGCCUCGGUCAUCCCAGAAGAACUCAUCUCCCAGGCUCAGGUGGUCCUUCAGGGGAAGUCUAGGAGUGUGAUCAUCCGGGAGCUCCAGAGGACCAACCUGGAUGUCAACUUGGCCGUCAACAACCUACUGAGCAGAGACGAUGAGGACGGUGACGAUGGCGAUGACACAGCCAGCGAGUCCUACCUCCCUGGAGAGGACCUGAUGUCCCUGCUGGAUGCUGACAUCCACUCAGCCCACCCCAGUGUCAUCAUCGAUGCUGACGCCAUGUUCUCUGAGGACAUCAGCUACUUUGGCUACCCCUCCUUCAGACGCUCCUCCCUGUCCCGCCUGGGCUCCUCGCGAGUUCUCCUUCUUCCCUUAGAGCGUGACUCAGAGCUGUUGCGUGAGCGCGAGUCUGUGUUGAGGUUGCGGGAGCGGAGGUGGCUGGAUGGGGCCUCGUUUGACACAGAGAGGGGCUCCACCAGCCGCGAGGGGGAGCCCAGCCUGGACAAGAAGAACAUCCCUGUCCAGAGCCCUGUCUCUCUGGGCGAGGAGCUGCAGUGGUGGCCUGACAAGGAUGGUGUGAAGUUUGUGAGCAUCGGGUCCUUGUUCUCUGAGCUGGUGGCAGUGAGCUCUAAGGGGGAACUCUACCAGUGGAAGUGGAGUGAACCAGAACCAUACAGAAACACACAGAACCCUUCUAUCCGCCACCCCCGGGUGUCCUUCCUGGGCCUGACCAAUGAGAAGAUCACCCUGCUGUCUGCUAACAGCAUCAGAGCCACCGUGGCCACGGAAACAAAUAAGGUGGCGACCUGGUUGGAUGACACCCUGAGCAGCGUGGCGUCCAAGCUGGAGCACAGUGCCCAGGCCUACCCUGAGCUGCAGGGGGAGCGCGUUGUGUCUUUGCACUGCUGUGCCCUCUACACAUGCGCCCAGUUGGAGAGCAGCCUGUACUGGUGGGGUGUUGUGCCUUUUAGUCAACGGAAAAAGAUGCUUGAAAAGGCUAGAGCCAAGAACAAGAAGCCAAAGUCGAGUGCCGGCAUCUCCUCAAUACCCAACAUCACCGUGGGAACGCAGGUGUGCCUGAGGAAUAACCCCCUCUACCACGCCGGUGCCGUUGCCUUUUCUGUCAACGCUGGGAUCCCCAAGGUGGGACUGCUCCUCGAGUCUGUCUGGAACAUGAACGACAGCUGCAGGUUCCAGCUGCGAUCACCAGAGAGCCUCAAGAACAUGGACAAGACCACCAAGACACAGGAGAUCAAAACGGAGAGCAAGCCGGAGUUGGUAAAGACUGAGAUGGGGCCCCCUCCUUCCCCGGCCUCCACCUGCAGUGACACCUCCUCCAUUGCUAGCAGUGCCUCGCUGCCCUACAAACGAAGACGCUCGACCCCGGCUCCCAAAGAGGAGGAGAAGGUGAACGAGGAGCAGUGGCCUCUUCGGGAAGUGGUGUUUGUGGAGGAUGUUAAAAACGUCCCUGUGGGAAAGGUGCUGAAAGUGGACGGCGCGUAUGUAGCUGUGAAGUUUCCAGGGACGUCAAGCAGCGUGAGCACACAGCCGAGUCUACCUAGUGCUCCAGCUCCCAUCACUGACUCUGACCCCUCCUCACUGCUGCAGGACUGUAGGCUGCUCAGAAUAGACGAGUUACAGGUGGUGAAAACUGGUGGAACUCCUAAAGUUCCAGAUUGCUUCCAGCGUACACCUAAAAAACUCUGCAUCCCAGAGAAGGCUGAGAUUCUGGCUGUGAAUGUUGACUCCAAAGGAGUUCACGCAGUGCUGAAGACUGGUAACUGGGUGAGGUACUGUAUCUUUGACCUGGCCACAGGCAAAGCAGAGCAGGAGAAUAACUUCCCCACCAGUAACCUGGCCUUCCUGGGGCAGAGUGAGCGCAAUGUAGCAAUCUUCACCGCAGGACAGGACUCUCCAGUCAUCCUUCGGGAUGGAAACGGCACAAUUUACCCAAUGGCCAAAGACUGUAUGGGCGGGAUCCGAGACCCUGAGUGGUUGGACCUGCCGCCCAUCGCCAGCCUGGGCAUGGGGGUACACUCCUUGGCCAACCUCCCCACCAACUCAACCAUCAAGAAGAAAGCUGCUAUUAUCAUAUUAGCUGUGGAGAAGCAGACGUUGAUGCAGCACGUGCUGCGUUGUGACUUUGAGGCCUGUCGUCAGUACCUGGUCAACCUGGAGCAGGCUGUUCUACUGGAGCAGAGUCCCCACGUCCUCCACUCCUUCCUGGGCCACCGCUGCGACGGCAACCGCAACAUCCUCCACGCCUGCGUCUCCGUCUGCUUCCCCGUCAGCAACAAGGAGACCAAGGAGGAGGAAGAAGCUGAACGGUCUGAGAGGAAUACGUUUGCAGAGAGACUGUCAGCAGUGGAGGCCAUCGCCAAUGCAAUCUCCGUGGUGUCUAGCAACAGCUCUGGGAACAGGACCGGCUCUUCUAGCAGCAGAGGGCUGCGUCUGAGGGAGAUGAUGAGGCGCUCUCUGAGAGCAGCGGGGCUUGGCCGUCACGAGUCUGGCCCCUCCUCCAGCGACCACCAGGACCCCGUGUCCCCACCCAUCGCCCCUCCCAGCUGGGUGCCUGACCCCCCUCCCAUGGACCCAGACGGUGACAUAGACUUCAUCCUGGCCCCUGCAGUGGGAUCUCUCACCACAGCCUCAACAGGGACCAGCCAGGGCCCCAGCACCUCCACUAUACCAGGCCCCUCUGAGCCUUCGGUGGUGGAGUCUAAAGACCGCAAGGCCAACGCCCACCUCAUCCUCAAACUGAUGUGUGACAGCAUGGUUCUCAGGCCACACCUCCGCGAGCUGCUCUCCGCCAAGGAUGCCCGUGGAAUGACCCCGUUCAUGCUGGCAGUCAGCGGGAGAGCUUACCCAGCUGCCAUUACUGUUCUGGAGGCUGCGCAGAAAAUGGCCAAGGUSGGAGACCCCGGCAUGACUGAGAAGGUGGAUGCAGACUCUGUGUUCAUGGAGAUGAUUUGUCCCUCGGGGACCAACCCUGACGACUCUCCUCUCUACGUCCUCUGCUGCAACGACACCUGCAGCUUCACCUGGACAGGAGCUGAACACAUCAACCAGGAUAUCUUUGAGUGCCGGACCUGCGGCCUGUUGGAGUCUCUCUGCUGCUGCACUGAGUGCGCCAGGGUGUGUCACAAAGGACACGACUGCAAACUCAAGAGGACCUCUCCCACUGCGUACUGUGACUGCUGGGAGAAGUGUAAGUGUAAGACGCUGAUUGCUGGACAGAAAGCUGCUCGCCUGGACCUGCUGUACAGACUGCUCACCACCACUAACCUGGUCACCAGUCCAAACAGCCGGGGGGAGCAUAUCCUUCUGUUCCUGGUGCAGACUGUUGCUAGGCAGAGUGUGGAGCACUGCCAGUACCGRCCCCCUCGCAUCAGAGAGGACAGGAACCGCAAGGCUGCCAAUGCUGAAGACUCUGACAUGCCGGACCAUGACCUGGAGCCUCCGCGCUUCGCCCAGCUGGCCCUGGAGAGGGUGCUGCAGGACUGGAAUGCUCUCAAGUCCAUGAUAAUGUUCGGAUCCCAGGAGAAUAAAGACCCGUUGAGUGCCAGCAGCCGUAUCGCCCAUCUCCUUCCAGAGGAGCAGGUGUACCUGAACCAGCAGAGUGGCACCAUCCGCCUGGACUGCUUCACACACUGCCUCAUYGUCAAGUGUGCCCCUGACAUUACAUUUAUUGACACCCUGCUGGGGACCUUGGUGAAGGAGCUGCAGAACAAGUACACUCCUGGCCGGAGAGAGGAGGCCAUCGUCGUCACCAGGAGGUUCCUGCGCUCCGUGGCCAGGGUGUUUGUCAUCCUCAGCGUCGAGAUGGCUUCRUCCAAAAAGAAAAAUAACUUCAUCCCCCAGCCCAUUGGGAAGUGCAGGCGUGUGUUCCAGGCCCUGCUGCCCUAUGCGGUGGAGGAGCUGUGCAACGUGGCGGAGUCUCUCAUCGUGCCUGURAGGAUGGGCAUCGCCCGGCCCACCGCYCCCUUCACCCUGGCCAGCACCAGCAUCGACGCCGUGCAGGGCAGCGAGGAACUCUUCUCUGUGGAACCSUUGCCACCGAGACCCUCCCCAGACCAGUCYAGCAAUUCUAGUCAGACUGCAUCGUCCUACAUCAUCAGGAACCCCCAGCCUCGCCGCAGCAGCCAGUCCCAGCCGGUCAGAGGGAGAGACGAGGAGCAGGAUGACAUUGUGUCUGCUGAUGUUGAAGAGGUAGAGGUUGUCGAGGGCGUUGCCGGGGAGGAGGAUCACCAUGAAGACCAGGAGGAACAGGGAGAGGAGAACGCUGAGGCAGAGGGACAGCAUGAUGAACAUGAUGAGGAUGGAAGCGACAUGGAGUUGGAUCUGCUGGCUGCUGCGGAGACAGAGAGUGACAGCGAGAGUAACCAUAGCAACCAGGACAAUGCCAGCGGUCGGAGGAGUGUUGUCACCGCAGCAACUGCUGGCUCCGAAGCAGGUGCCAGCAGUGUCCCUGCCUUCUUUUCAGAGGACGACUCCCAGUCCAACGACUCGAGCGACUCGGACAGCAGCAGCAGCCAGAGCGACGACGUGGACCAGGAGACCUUUCUAUUGGACGAGCCCUUGGAGAGGACCACCACCGCCUCCCACGUCAACAGUGCUGCCCAGGCGCCGCGCUCCAUGCAGUGGGCUGUACGCAACACCCCCAGCCAGAGAGCCACGGGCAGCGCCCCCUCCAGCUCCUCCACCCCUGCUGCGAGCUCCACAGGUCUGAUCUACAUCGACCCGUCCAACCUGCGGCGCAGCAGUGCCAUCAGCACCAGCGCGGCCGCUGCGGCUGCAGCUCUGGAGGCCUCCAACUCGUCCAGCUACCUGACGUCAGCCUCCAGCUUAGCCCGGGCCUACAGCAUCGUCAUCAGACAGAUCUCUGACCUGAUGAGCCUCAUCCCCAAGUACAAUCACCUGGUCUACUCCCAGUACCCUGCUGCAGUUAAACUCACCUACCAGGAUGCUGUCAACCUGCAGAACUUUGUUGAGGAGAAGCUGAUCCCUACGUGGAACUGGAUGGUGUCCAUCAUGGACUCUACAGAGGCUCAGCUGCGUUACGGCUCGGCCCUGUCCUCAGCAGGCGACCCCGGGCACCCAUCCCACCCCCUCCACGCCUCGCAGCACUCUGCCCGCAGGGAGCGCAUGACUGCCCGUGAGGAAGCCAGCCUCCGCACCUUGGAGGGACGCAGACGUGCGGCCACUUUGCUGACAGUGCGUCAGGGGAUGAUGUCAGCGCGGGGUGACUUCCUGAACUACGCCCUGUCUCUGAUGCGUUCCCAUAAUGACGAGCACUCUGACGUUCUGCCUGUGCUGGAUGUGUGUUCUCUCAAACACGUGGCCUACGUCUUCCAGGCCCUCAUCUACUGGAUCAAAGCCAUGAACCAGCAGACAACUCUAGACACAACACAGAUGGACCGCAAGAGGAGCCGAGAGAUUCUGGAACUGGGACUGGACAAUGAAGAUUCUGAACAUGAGAAUGACGAGGACACCAAUCAAAGUUCCACGCUCCAGGAUAAGGAGGAUGACCCGGUCCCUGCUGAGAUGGGACAGAACCACCCGUUCUUCCGGCGCUCUGACUCCAUGACCUUCUUGGGCUGUAUCCCCCCCAACCCCUUCGAGGUCCCCCUGGCUGAGGCCAUCCCCCUGGCAGACCAGCCUCACCUCUUGCAGCCCAAUGCAAGGAAGGAGGAUCUGUUUGGCCGUCCUAGUCAGGGCCUGUACUCGUC